CUGUACUUCUAGGUUUAGGGUUUUGUUAAAACCAGCCCCUUACUCUUCUCUCUCAAUUAUUAAACACAUACAAGACACACACUGACAGUUUUAACAAACAUGGAUCCUUCCAAGAAGCGGAAGACCGACGAGAACGGCAGCGCAUACGCCGUCAACGACACCACUCCGCCAUCGAACGUUCUCUCUCCGGAAGUCGCCCUAAAAAUCAUGGGAGACUUCAACAGAGACCAGCUCCUCGACAUCCUCAAAUUCGCCGCCGUCCAACACCGCGACGUGCUCGACGCCGUCCGAUCCAUCGCUGACGCCGAUCCCGCCAAGCGCAAGCUUUUUGUACGCGGCCUCGGGGGCGAUACCACCACCGAGAAGCUCCGUGAAGUCUUCUCCUCUUUCGGCGAGCUCGAAGAGGCUAUUGUGAUCACAGACAAGAACACGGGGAAACCCAAGGGCUACGGCUUCGUCACGUUCCGGCACGUCGACGGCGCUGCGUUGGCCCUAAAAGAGCCGAGCAAGAAGAUCGACGGCCGAAUGACCGUGACGCAGCUCGCUUCGUUGGGGCAUUCGGGUGCGAAUGCAGGUAAUGUUGUGGAUGUCUCACUGCGAAAGAUUUAUGUUGGGAAUGUGCCGUUUGAGAUUUCGUCAGAGAGAUUGUUGGAUUAUUUUUCAAUCUACGGAGAGAUUGAGGAGGGACCGUUAGGGUUCGAUAAACAGCCGGGAAAGUUAAAAGGCUUCGCCUUUUUUGUUUAUAAGACCGAAGAAGGGGCUAGGGCUUCACUCGUCGAUCAAAUGAAGGUGAUUGAUGGGCAACAGGUGAUUUGUAAACUGGCUGCCGACGGGAAGAGAGGGAAGCCAGGUGGCCCGAAUAUGGGGGGUGAUAUAGGUGGUGCCGAUAGACUUGGUGUGCCACCUCCUGGGGCGGUGCCAGGUUCGAAUUACGGCGUACCAGGUGGGUUAGCUUCGUAUGGAGGGUUCUCUGGUGGCCCACCGGCGCUGGCCCAUCAAAAUCCCCAGUCGAUUGGUGGUACUGGGUACGGGAGCCAUGGGCCAGUUGGUGGUGGGUAUGGCGCUGGGGCAUAUGGCGGUUCACAGUUUGGUGGGUCUGCUUCUGGUGAGUAUGGAGGGUUGAACAAUACAGGGUCUUCUAUGUAUAGGUUGCCUUCAAGUUCCACUGGAAUGCCUUCUGGGGGAUACCCAGGUAGUGGAAACUAUGGUUUAGCAUCGUCUGCCUAUCCAACCCAGGUGCACCAGCCAUCGCAAGGUCCUAGGGGUCCACCUGGUGGGAUGUAUCAGGGCAUGCCACCCUAUUACUAAGCAAUGUAAAACAGUGGCUGCUUGUUGGAGUCCAAGCAUUCGAGAGUGCUGGAACGGAAGCGCGAGAGCAGCAAAAUUAAGUUGCACAUAUUAGAAACUAUGGAAGUUCCCGUGGAGCACAGAAUGGAAGAAACAGGAUUGUGUGCUCCAUAGAAGAGAAACAAGAUUGCAAGCGCACGUAGAACAUGAGAGCUGGAGAAACAAGAUUGUGUGCUCCAUAGAAUAGAAACAAGAUUGCAAGCACGCAUAGAACAUGAGAGCUGGAGUGUGUGCGCCACUCUAUUAGAGGAAUUGUGCAACUUAAGUUGGAGCUAAUUUGUUGAUGAACAUUAUUCAAUUGAAAUGAUGCAAACAACUUUUGUGUUUGUCCAAAUUAUGCUUUGGAGAAAGUGUUACAUUUGAUAGAAGUGAUGGUAUGUGACACUCAUGGUCAUUUUUGAGGGCUUGCAA